AUGAGACUCUAUGUUUUGAGAGGAGCAAGAGUUGGCAUAUACUUACCCGAUGCUGUAGAGAAUGGACAGGAAGCCCGACUGGAACGUGUUCUUGAACAUCGUGUGCAAACAGCGAAAUGCAGCACCUCGUUGCACGAGGAAUGCGACGAGUACGACGACACCUUGGACGGUUAUGACCUACAUGUACCGAAAUGGACGUCGCUUCAACAUCAGGAGUUUCGGUGUUAUCUGAUUCGCUGAAACUAAACGCAAUUUGAUUGGCGGAUAAACGAUUUAUCUUGAUGUGACCCACACCAUGAAUAGCAUAAUUUAUGUGGCAAACGUCAGCACCAGUGGUUUGGUCCCGCCAUGUCAGCAGCGGUGCGGGUGCUGCUCCCGUCGGAGCCUGCGGCUCCUUCGGCCUCUUCGCCGAGACCAACCAAGCGUCGACGUCUAGAUGAAACUUCAGACGUAGCUAUCGAAGUGUGUAAAACUCCAGGCGAAAAUGGUGCAGCGGGUGUGACAAUGACAAGCGAAGACGAAAGCACCGAUAACCUUGUCAAGUGCGAUGACGACCACUUUGAGGAGAGCAACGCACACUCCGUCCAUCUCAAUUGUGCAGAAUGUGGCGAGCAAUUCCUGCUAUCAACGGAGCUGGUCGCACACAGCCAAAGCACGCGGCAUCGGCCGUUCGCUUGUCAACAUCAAGGCUGCGAUAAGUACUACUCGAAGCGAGAGCAUCUGACGCGUCACGUUGAAACAGUCCACAUUCGAGGUUCGACCCAGUCGCUGGAGGAGCGUAAGCCAUACAAGUGCGAGCUUUGCCAGGCCAGAUUCACCUAUAAUCAUGGCUUGACGAGACAUAUCAAGCGCUCGCAUCGGAACGUCAAUCUACCAUUUGAAUGCAGUGAGUGUCUAAAGGGGUUCAAGAAGAAGAGCGAGCUUCAAGCUCAUUCGUACGUUCACACUGGUGUAUUGCCUUUCGAGUGUGAGGAGUGUGGCGAACGUUUUCUCAAAAGGUUUUGGCUAACGCGACAUCAGAGAAAGCAUGAAGCUAAUAAAGAUGCAGACACCCAAGUGUUCGUCUGCGAUUGCGGCGAAAUAUGCUUCGACGAAGAAGAACUUAAUACCCACAAGCAAACGGAGCACGGUAAAGAGGAAGCAGAAGACGAUGUGGAUGCAGAGGCUAAGGAAACGCCAGCGCAUUUGUGCCUUGUGUGCGACCAGACUUUCUCGCGAAAGCAGUAUCUGCGUGCGCAUCUUCGCACUCAUUUCGAGUCUUUGGAUGAUCGCAAGCAGUAUACCUGUCCGAUGGACGGUUGUAACAAGUCUUACACGCGAAAAUCAAACCUGAUGACGCACUAUAACGCAGUGCAUGACAAACGCAAAUCGAAGCGUUUUGCGUGUCCGCGUGAGGGUUGUACGGCACGGUUCGGCUACAAGACGGUACUGAAACACCACAUUGAAAGCAUCCAUGAUAAUCCGAAGCCACCCAAGCGACGAGAGCGGAAAUCUGCAGGGAUUCUUGAACGCGCACUUGGUAUAAACCAAGUCGGCGAGCAAGCAAAGCGCAUUAAAGCAGUUAGCCAUGACGAGAAGGGGAAAACAGAGCAGUGAACUGCCUGAUAGAGUUGUACAGAAUAUAUUUUAUUGGAAACUUGCUGCUGGUGAUGCCAAUCUAUCGUCAUAGCGACACCUCAACUACUACUAUAUCAUAAGGUAGUACAUGUAGA